CAUCAGGUACGUGUAAAUUGACACAUGAGUUCCCUUUCCAGAUGAAAAACCAUUUGUUUCAACCUCAAUUCCCAUUUUGUAUCCAUGUGAAUGAGUGUUGAAGGAAGGCAAAUGUUGUCUUUCUUUUACAUAAUUCACAGGGAAAUCAAUUGGAAAAUCUCCCAAGGUUAGCUUCAUUUUUUUAUCAAGAGUUUCAACUUUUCUCUCAGUAAUUUCCUGCUUGUCUUGGAUCAACUUUUGCUGUUCAUGGUUCUCCUUCUUGAGAUCUUCAAAACUCAUUCUUAGUUCCCUAUUAUCUGUUUUGAGGUCCUCAGUUGUCUGUCGCAGUUCCUGAUUCUCUUUCUUGAGGGUCCUCAGUUGUCUGUCGCAGUUCCUGAUUCUCUUUCUUGAGGUCCUCAGUUGUCUGUCGCAGUUCCUGAUUCUCUUUCAGGAGGCUCUGUGUAACGGUAGCCAGCAGUGUCAGAUGUGUGACAGUGUCUGUCAUGUGCUCAGGCAUGUCUUUGCGAGGAAGUCUCACCUCACAACCGGCGUAGUGGAGUGGGCAGUCGAUUUCCGUGAGGGGACAUUCGUCUUUCACGUGGUUAUUCACAUUUUGUCUUUCAAAGGGAGCGUCUCGACAUUUGUUAGGGCAGGUAACAGGAUACUUGACACACUGAGGAUAGUGAUUUUUUGUAACAUCUUCAAAAGUGGAUUCAUAUUCGUGGCAGUGUUCACAGGAGUAAGGUCGCUUGGGACACACCCCCUUUUGGUGGGAAGCGAUGUGGCGACGCUGGAACCACUCCCCACACCCAUGCUCACACUCUAUCUCCACAAACUGACACCCAGUCAGCUGGUUCUCAGGAGAUGGAUCUUUAUUCAGGUGCUGUUCGUAUUCUCCAAGUUUCCCCGUCCAUUUACAGCCGUCCUUCUUGUGUGAGCACGACACCUCUUGUGCCUUCAGAUAUCUUUCUGAUCCCGUGGUGACGUAAGAAAGUAAAAUCAGACAGGUUACACAGGGGACACGGCUUGUUGUCUUCCUUUAUUCGCUCGAUGCAUUCGCGGCAAAACUCCUUUCCGCAGGGACAACUGAUGAGGCACGGUUCUUUCGGGAUUUGCAGGCAAAUCGGACACUCGAUCUGAAAAACAUCGGGCGGUGGCGUAACGAACUCACAGUCGUAUCCGCCACGGAUUCGGCUCUUUACGCGGGCGGCUCUAGCGCGAGCUGCCAUGCCAUGAGCCCACAAGGAACUCAGUAUUCUAUUUAAUACGCGCUUUCUCUGGUCACACGUCAUCAUGACGUGUAAGUAGUCUUCGACACGCAUGCGCAAGAGCGCUCCUGCAUGUAUUAUACACCAGUUUAUAGCCCAAAAUGUAUACAUAAUGCAGAAAACAGCCCUUGGUCUUAGAAGGGGACAUACAUGUCUUCACUAAAGCCCAGUUUCUCUAGGUUGGGGAGACAGGCAAACUUGAUCAUGGGUGGAGGUCCACACAUGAGGAUCUGAGAGGUCGGUCCAGGAGGAGGGAGGUGGGUGGACAUCAUUUCCCCACUAACAAACCCUGAACUGUACGACCAAUCUGAGAUACGAGCCAGAUGCAAAGCCCUCGAGACUACUCAUCCAUAGUAUAUACUACAGCAGUAAGAGGUGUGGCUCCGGAAGUGCCACGCCCACUUCUUCCAUUCCUGUAAGACUGUGAUGUAAUGGUUUCAUAAUUGUCUUGGAUAGAGCUCCUCUCUAAGGACACCUCACCAAUCAGGACACAUUAUUGAUGAUGUCAUCUUGAUUGUGUUAAUGAUGACAUCAUUAUUGAUUCCCAGGGGUUCCGAUAUCCUCGUCCCCUGAGUGAGCCUCCAUCGCGACCUCCUAGUGAGAUUGGAGAUGAUGAGGGUGACGAGCAGCAGUGACCUCUGGUAAUUGUUUUGUAGGUGUAUCUUUGCUGCUCAGAAAGGGGGAUUGCCUCCGAUCUGUACCCAUAAUGUUAUUGAUGAUCAUUGCGACCCCGUGCUGUGCAACAUUAGGAGAAUACAGCUCUUCAAUCGCAGGGAGGAUAGGGUUAAGAUAAUCUUCCAUCCAGAGUUCCUCUCUGCCACAAACCCCCUCUUCAAGAUGGACUACGAAGAAUUUGUUCGCGGCUGCCAUCUUGGCGUCUUCCCGUCUUAUAUGAACCAUGGGGAUACACUCCUGGUACAGAGUGGCUUGCCUCAGUUGGUGGAGCCCUCUCUAGAACACAGAGUGCUCUGCCUUACUCUGUAUGAGUG